AUGCCCUCGUCUCCCGCCACGUGUCCCGCCGGAGGCGGUGGGGCUCCUCGCCUCCGCCGCCGCUGCCCCCGCGGCGGCGGGUUGGCGCGGGGCUGCGGGCCCUCGCGGGACUCGUCGUCCGCGCCGUUCGAGAUGUCGGUGGAGAGCGCGCUGAGACUUCUCGGGGUCGAGGAGGGCGCUUCCUUCGAUGAGAUUCUGAGAGCCAAGAACGCCAUCGUUGCCUCUUGCAAGGAUGAUCAGGAGGCCAUUGCUCAGGUGGAGGCAGCAUAUGACAUGUUGCUCAUGCAGAGCUUAACUCAACGAAGGGCCGGCAAAGUUGUAAACAGUAGCAUCAGAUACGCUGAUGUCAAACCCGUAAGAACUUCGCAGCCUAGUUCUUUGCCACGGUGGCUACAGACGACUGUAAAAAACGCGCCUGUGUCAGUUGAAACCCCUUCUACUCGUGAUUUGGGUAUACAAGCAGGAGUGUACGGAGCCUUGGCGGUUUUCACGUUUGCUAGCGGAGCCUCCUCGCCUUCAGGAGGAACGUACACUGGCGCUGAUGUUCCUGGAAUAAUAUUGGCUACUAGUUUUGGCGCUUCUCUCUACUUCUUGACUAAGAAGACCUCAAGUCUAGGAAAGGCGACGCUAAUAACUGUUGGUGGACUUGUCAUUGGAGCAGCGGUUGGAUCAGUUGUUGAGCAGUGGUUGCAGGUAGAUAUAGUUCCCUUUUUCGGCAUCCAUUCACCUGCAGUGAUUGUAAGCGAAUUCAUUCUAUUUUCUCAGUUCUUGGUAUCUCUGUAUUUGAGGUAGGCCUGCCAACAUUACCCAUUUUUAACUUUGUAAUUAUUGUUAGUAUGACCAUUUCAAUUGUUAUCCGCUGAAUGUACACUUAGCUUGUAUUGUAUCCAAAAUGUCAAAAUAUGUGUACAUAAAAUUUACUGUAGUUUAUAGUUUUUUAUCUGUCAGGUGUUGUUGGAAUAUCUUAUAAUGAGAUGAGUGUACUCAAACAUUUUUAUUUA